CGGGUGAAGAAGACAGGAAAGAGGUAUGAGUGUCAUUUAAUUUUCCCCUUGUUAUAGCGAAACAUACUUUAAUAACACCUUUGCAAGGAACGUUUUUACAGAUCAUCAUAAAAACUGCUGGACCUGCUAGACGUCGACUGACAUGGCAGCGAAUGGAACGAGCUGUGAACAGCCCCAGAAACGCACAGCAGCUAAAGACAAACAAAACGGAAGGCCUACAGAUGCAUCAGUAAGAGAAAGAAGACAGAAGGAUAAAGAAGAGCGUUUGUCUCUUGUUCUAUGGAGGAGGCCUGUCAUCACACUGCAUUACUUCCUCUCGGAGACCUUCAUCAAGCUAAAGGAAUGGACCUUUAAGCUUUGGCAACGCCGGGUCAUAGUGUUCUUACUUUUGGUGUUAUGUUCCAUCUUCUCCUUUGCGUACUACAGCGAGGGAACACAUCAAAAAUAUGUUCAGUACCUGGAGAAGAAGUUCCUAUGGUGUGCCUACUGGGUAGGUCUUGGCAUCCUGUCCUCCGUAGGCCUUGGAACUGGACUGCACACCUUUCUUCUCUAUCUGGGUCCUCAUAUAGCAUCAGUAACCCUGGCAGCAUAUGAGUGUGGCUCCACAGACUUCCCAGAGCCCCCAUACCCAGACCAGAUUGUCUGUCCGCAGGAUGAAAUGGAGGGCAACAUCUCCCUGUUUACAAUCAUGUCAAAGGUCCGACUGGAGGCCUUCAUGUGGGGUGCAGGUACCGCUAUCGGAGAACUGCCUCCGUACUUCAUGGCCAGAGCGGCCCGUCAGUCGGGAGCUGAUCCAGAUGAUGAAGACUAUGAGGAGUUCGAGGAGAUGCUGGAGCAGGCUGAGGGUGCUCAGGACUUUGUCACAAGAGCAAAACUGGGAGUCCAGCAUAUGGUGCAAAAAGUAGGAUUCUUUGGGAUCUUGGCUUGUGCUUCGAUUCCUAACCCUCUCUUUGACCUGGCGGGAAUAACCUGUGGGCAUUUCCUGGUUCCCUUCUGGACCUUCUUUGGAGCCACUCUCAUUGGGAAAGCCAUCAUCAAGAUGCAUAUACAGAAACUGUUUGUUAUCAUCACCUUCAGCAAGCACAUAGUGGAGCAGAUGGUGUCCCUGAUUGGCUCGGUGCCCAAAGUAGGACCUGCACUGCAGAAGCCCUUCAGUCAGUACCUGGAAGCACAACGGAACAAGCUGCACCACGCUGGAGGAAGUGCACCGGCGGAUGAGAACUGGUUGUCAUGGGUGUUUGAGAAGGUGGUGCUGGUCAUGGUCUGCUACUUUGUCAUCUCCAUUGUCAACUCCAUGGCUCAGAGUUACGCCAAGAGGCUGCAGCAGCAGAGGCACUCGGAGGAAAAGACCAAGUGAUGACGAGACAAAGCGGUACAAGCAUCCAAGAGACUGAGUUCCUGCUGCUGCUGAGAGCCCUCCACUCAGCCCCAGCCACUCGCAACUUAACAAGCCUAACCCUCAUUCAUUCUCAGAGGCUGAACCCUCACAAAAAGACAGUUUGUUGGUGUGUGCGUGCUGCGUUUCUGAGGAUGUAUGUGCUGUUUGCUCUUUGUCUCUCUGCAGGUUUUUCUUUUGUUCUUCCUCUCAUCUCACUGUAGACGUGUGUAGUGUGAUUGGUUCUACUGCUGAUCUUAACGCGUUACUUUAAUCUUAAAUUAAGCUGUGGGUUUUCAUUGACCUCAGAAAUAAAGCAGCAGUUUGGUGGUGACUGCUAUGUGCAGGCAGUGCCCAUCAAAUGUUAUGCCUUAUGCAAGACAGGAAGGUCUGACUUCCCUUAAAUAUAGUUCUUGACUUCUAGACUUGAUUUUUAUUUAAUUUUGUAACAUUGACAAACGAAUGGACCUCGAUCUGUUUGUACAGUUGCUACAUUGCUCCUAUUGAAAGUUCUUUCUUUUCAGGGUUAACGCUUCUCAUGUUUUGGUCCGGUUACCCAGUUUGUCGGCUUUUGUUUCUGGAAUUGUCAUUUUUAAAUGCUGGGAGGAAAGAAAAGCAAUAUCAACUUAACAGUGUGGUAUUGACACAUUGUGUAAAUAUUUUUUUGACAAUGUGUGCAGAUGUAUUUCUAUUCUAAUGCUCUGUGGACAUGAACUUGAACCAAAACACGCAAGAAAAGGUGAAUAUCAGUCAUGCAGUGACAUUGUACACUCAGCUAACUAGUCCGAUUUAUAUUCUGUACAUUUUAGGUUGAAGCAUCCGGUCAUCUAUAAAACGUGUAACUCACA